UACAGGUGAGUUCAAUUAAAGGUUAAUGAGCCUCCCUCGCUGACUGAAGAGAAGAGACAGCAGGGAACUUUGCAGGAGAAAGAAAGUCACCUCGUCGGCGUCAAGUGUAAAAAAAAAAGUCUCAAAAUAUACAAUGAGUGAUUCAGAACAGCAACAAGAGGCUGACAAGGUGUCCGAGCCUCAGUGGCCUGAGAAUGGAGAGGAGUGGAGUGAUGGAGAGGAUGGGACCAGUAUGGACUGUGGGCUUCUGCAGGUCAUGGCUGAGGAAGAUGAGGCGAUCAACGUCUACAAUGAUGAGACGUUUGGAAUGGAUCUCGAUGCAAACGGGCCUACAGUAGACCCCAGCAGCGGUCUCCUUCAGUUUGCAGAGUCGCCGCCUCCGCCACCACCCACACCACCACCCACACCACCUCCACCAGACCCCAAACCAUCAUCCCGCCACAGCUCCUGCUCCCCUCCGAGACAGAAGCCCCAGUAUGUGCCCCGGGCUCCCCCAGGGCAGCGUGGCAGAGGUAGGGGACAGAGAGGAGGGCUGGGCCGGGGGCAGAUGUUUGAAGACCCAGCUGUGAUGAGGAUGGUGGAGGGGCGACCAAGCCUCAAGACUCUUGACAGUGCCAUAGUGGACCUUGGGAACGCCAUGUACCGGAAGACCUUUGAGGAUGAUUUCAUGUCACCCUCUUCCAGAAAGACUAGAAGAAUCUCAGGAUCAAUACUUCAGGACAGUGCUAUAGUGUGUGUGAUCGAUGGUCACAGAGGCAGAGGUCAGCAUCUGACCUCCAACUUCCUGGAUGUGCCAUAUCCUGUCUCUUCCUUCAGGGGCAGGAGAGGGGAACCCAGAGGAUCCUACGCCAGGAGACAGUUUGGCCACAGAGGCCCCUCUCAGAUGCAUUCAUCCAUGGUACCAGGAUCACCCAUCUUCUCACGUCAGCCGUUAACCCCGCGGCAACAUUACAAUCAGACAGGGGGCUUCAUGUUUCCUACAAACCGGCCUUGCCCCUCCACUCCUCAGUCUCUGACUCCUAAGAUGAUGCAACUUCGCUUUGGUGCCAACUCGCCGAGGCCGUCCCCCUUCUACAGCCCCUCGUCUAAUCCAGUGCAGCAUUUCAGGUACCCCGGUCCCGUCACCCAGCUCCACCCACAACAUAAACGACUACUUAGUCAAAAACAACGCAUAUUCCAAAGAAAACCAGAGGACUGGGAUCCUUACUGCAACCUGAUGACGGCCAAAGAGAAGGAGUGGAUCACCAGGCUGCAGAUGAUUCAGCUGCAAAGUGAGAAUCCAUACCAUGAGGAUUACUAUUACCAGGAGUACUAUCGGCGAAUAGAAGCUAAGAUGGCAGAGGAAGAGCUGGGCAUCAGGAGCAAGAGGGAGCCCCCCAAGCUCACCACACCGUAUAUCACGAAAACUGACACUUACGCACCAGUGGUUCACAUUGAAGGCUCUUUGGGUCAAGUUGCUGUGUCCACAUGUUACUCUCCUCGCCGUGCUAUCAGCGCAGUUCAUGCAGUCCAAGCUCAGGGUCCACUCGAGGAUCAAAAAGAUGUCAGACAACAGCGGUUAGAGGUCUUCAGCAAAAUAGAAAAGUUGUUCAUGGUUCUGUUGGAGGUCGAGGAGGCGGAGAGGAUGAAAAGCACCGUCUUGUCUGAAGCAGAAGAAAGGAUGCUGAUGGAGAAGUCGCAGAGGAAAGUGGAGCACAUCUACUCCCAGCUGCAACAUCACAAUCCCCUAGAUUCAGGAGUGGAAUUUCUUCCUUUCCUGCUGGUCUCAAAAGGCAAAAGGCUUCUCGCCCGUCUGCUCCCGUUCCUGAAACAUGAUACUGCACUGAAGAUCUUGAGCAUCGUGACCUCUAACCUUCCUACGCUGAUGAGCAGAGAUCCAGACGAGGCCCUUCCAGUGCUAUAUCCGCCUCUCCGAAAUGUGAUUGGAGGCCUGACAUUCAGUCAGCUGAUUGUUGUCCUCAAAGACCUGGCAUCAUUGGAGUCUCUGACGACGUACGAGUCUCUCAAGCUGGCAUGUCAGAACAAGUUUGGACUGUCCCUGCUGUACGCUCUCCUGUCCCAAGGAGAGAAGCUGCUGUCCUCAGGUGUUCCUCUUGAGCCCAGCAUCGGAGACUUUGAGAGCUGGACCGACACAAUAUUCCAGGUGGCGGGACAGCUGUCCCAGUGUUCACUGGUGGAGCCGCUCCUCAUGCCCUCAAACUUGCUCACUCUCUUCUGCCGUUACCUGGACAAGCGCACUGUGCAUCAGCUGAAAAGCAACAUGGAGUCUGCAACGGGAUUCCUGGCUCUUCCAUCUUAAGAUGGACGUAAACUAAUUCAGCUAAUGACCAGGUUGUGAUGAGCACUAGAGUUAAAGGAGCAGAAGCACAGCUCUGACAAAAAAAACUCCUCAGUGUUCAUUAACAACAGAAGAAUGUACAAAAUGCUGUGAUUCUUAUUUUUUCCCCCCUCUCCCUCAUCCCUCACAUUUUUGCACACUCAAACUGUUUCCCUUUUUUAUUUCCUUUAUCUGAUCCUUUUACUUUCCUCCCUUUGGUCUCCAGUAGGUUACGUCAUUUACAAGUUAUUCUGAAAUCAAAAACCUGAUGUUUUUUUGUGUUUUAACUUUCCAAAACAAGGGUUGCCAUCAUUUCAUGAGAUUGCCAUAUACAGAGCUGGUAAAAUUACAAUCACUAGUAGAUGGAGCUGAUUUACUUCUAUCUAAUCCCAGUUAUAUUCAGAACAAGAAACUUGAGAUAUCACUUACUGAGAUAAAUGAGUUGGAUCAGAUAUUGGUGACCAGGUUGAGGAUUGUAUAGUAAUUUAUGAUUGUACAGCUGAACCUAUGUUCAUUAUUAUAAUAAUAAUAACCAUUAAGGAAGUUGGCAUGGUCUAUCAACAUAAGCCAUGCAAUUUAGUUUUUUUUGUAAAAAGGCAUGCAUUGUGUAUACAUGUGUAUCAAUACUAAAUAUGAUGUAUUUGAUGUAUUUUUUAUUUAUUAUAUUCAUUUGGAAACAGUAAUAAUUUAUAUUGCACCCUGUUAGAGCACUUGCAACACAAAUAAAAAAAAAAAUCUUUGAAAA